UAUGACAGACAUGUUACUGAGUUUCCUCUUUAUUCCAAGCACUGUGGCUGCUUGUCCUCCAAACACACACCUGUUCAUCACUGCACCAACAGAGAUGGAGGCUCUGAGUGGAUCUUGUUUACAAAUCCCAUGUAACUUUAGUGAUGCUGGAUCAGAAAAGUUUGACAGCACAAGACCUGUGUUUGCAGUGUGGAUUAAAAAUCAUACUAAUUUUAGACUUAAUCCAGAAAACGUGAUCUUCAACAGCAGUGUGACAUUUAACAUCUAUCCAAUGAAUAUUACAGGAAACCUGACACAGAGAAACUGCACCACUCUGUUUUCCAAUUUAAUCACAAAUUAUACAAACACAUACUACUUCAGAAUUAUGAACUUGCCGUUCAGAGCAACAGCUGCUUGUGAUCCUCUUCAAAUAACAAUUAAAGAUUCUCCUUGGAGGCCCAAUAUUACAAUCCCAGGUGAUCUGAAGGAGAAGGAGUCUGUCACUAUAACCUGCUCAGCUCUCACUCCCUGUCCACACUCCCCUCCUCAACUCACCUGGAAUCUCCAACAAGACUCUCACAACAAAAUAGAGGAAAAUGCUCCUAAAAACACCUCAGCAUCCAUCAGUCCAUCAGGUUUGGUGUCAGCAGGCAGCUGGGUGAACCUGACCUGCUCCAGCAGAGCCAAACCUCCAGUCAGCAGCUUCACCUGGUUCAAGAAGAGCAGAGAUGGAGCUGUGAAAGUAUCUGAAGGAGAGAUUUACAGCUUCAAUGUAACAGAUGGAGGAGUUUAUUACUGUGUGGCCACUAAUGAUCUGGGUAAUCAGACAUCAGCAGAGAUUAACAUGACUGUUAAAGGAGACAAACUGUGGCAACAUAUUGGCGUAAUUAUUGGGAUCAUUUUACUCUUAAUCUUACUCUGCUUGAUAAUCUUUGUUUGCUGGUUAAAAUCAAAGCAUCAAAGACAACAACAGACUCAGAUUCAAAUAAAUGAAAAGCAGGUUGUUGAAGAACCAGGAAGUAAAAGAGAGGAAGUUGAAGAAAACAUCCAUUAUAGUGAGAUUAACAUUUCCAAGCAUCAAGCAUCCUCUCACUCAGUGCAGGACAGAAGACAGGAGCAGGAUACAGAGUACGCACAGGUGCAAAUCAGCAAGCCAGAAAACAACUUAACACAGAGUCCUCAUGUCCAGGAGGAAGUCUACAGUGAGGUGAAGAAAAUUUAA